AUGGAAGAUCGUAGAGCAUACUCCUUCGUACAGCAUCGCUCUCCAUCCUUCUCCCAAGCCCCUCAUACUUCCAACGACUCCACAUCAUCACCCUCGCGCCCCGUCACGAGACGCAGCGCUAGUGGCAGCGUCAACCCAUCCCUCCUGUCUUCCUUUACGGCUAACGAGAGCAUCGACUCAACGACAUCUCACUCGCCGCCGUCAUUCCCAAACGCGCUCUCCAGACCUGCUCCCAUCGCAUCAGACGCGACUUUGCCGUCCACCCGUUCCAACAUCCGCAGUACCUUCACACCACAGCGAUCGGCAACCACCGGCCCGUCCGCUGCUGCUGCUCCCGCCGCCACUGCAAUGUCCAAAGUCGAUCAGGCAGCCUGGUCCGACGCUUCCGCUUCCGCUACCACCUCAGGUAGCCCGUCCAGCGUCUGGAACGGUCGGCCACCAUCCACCAUGGACGGAGACGCCAUCACUACGGCCUCCACAUCCAACGUGAGCACGCCCAGUCGCGGUACCACUGCCCUCGAUGCCAAGGACGCCGCUUCCAAUGCUCCCAUCUUCCAUCCUUCGCCUCUGCUCCCACAAGAGGGGUCUGCUUGGUCUCUGCCUCGCUCCGGCUCGCUCACCUGGGCGAACGACCUCACUGCGAGACCAGCCCCUGCCGAGCUUGUCAAUGACUCGGUUACGUCCAGCCCGAGCGCAGUCAAGCGCGUCACUGCCAACAAGUCACCGGCUGCUUCCACCGAUCCCUCAUUGACAGUCAAGGAUGCAGCAGCACCGGCGACGACCAACGACAGUCUGCAAUCUAUAUCGCCGAGCACCACCAAGAAGGCAGCGGCACCCGUGCCUAAACGUGCUCCAAUUCGAUCCGCGACUUUGGAUCCAAGCCACCUCGCUUCCAAGGCAAGGCUUAGCGAAGAUGACGAUGACGGUUCGCUGCCCUCAGGCCAACCCUCUGCCAGCACCCAAGACGAAGAACUAAUGGACGGCAUUGGAACGCUCUCCAUCGCCACGGAUAACAUCGCCCCUUCCAGUGCUGUGCCGCAGCAGCACGGCUACAGUUCUCCGCCAGCAUUUAUCGGUGCCAUGGGUCACCAUGCCCCGCGUCCCUCUGGCUCUUUCCCCCCACCCCACUUCAGCCCUGGCGAGGCGUUCAUGCACCCAUCGCCUUACCUGCCCGGAAGCGGUGCUCGCUCUCCCGAUGCAUACUCGCAUGGCUACCCGGGCGUUACCAACAUGCUUCCUGGCAUGGCUCCGAUCGACAUGUCCGGCUACGAAUCGUAUCGCACUACGCCUGACCCGUACGCACCGACCAUGCCAGGGCGCGCCAUCUUUGCAUCACACGGCUCGCAGGGCUCCACGCCACAAAGCCCGUCGUUCGGACCGGCGCCACUGGGACCUCACUUCAAUCCUUCGAUGCGCAAUGGUGAGGCGCUCUUCUAUCCUGGUAUGGUACCCGGGUUCGGUCCCCCGAACAUGGCUGGAGGCAUGGCGUCACCUGUCCGACCUGGCAUGCCACUGGGGCCUGGGCAAUAUGGGUUCGGCCCUGGCCCUGGCGUCGAUGCACGCUCGUCACAACUCGCCCAGUCUCCGAUGAUUGCUCCCGGAAUGGGUAUGCCAGUGGGUGCGUUGAUGAUGCCCCCAACGAGUCCGUCCAUGGAUGCCUCGCACAUGCCUCCUCCCGGUGGGCCGGACAGUCGCAGCUCGCCAAGCCUUUCGCAGUCCUCGCCCUACGCUCCUGGUCCGCAUCGCAGAAUGGGAUCCUCGGGCCCCGAACCCUUUGGGCCAGGCAUGAGCGUGUCUCCGCGGCCUCCCUUCGGUAUGACUAGCCAAGCGGGCCCGUUUGUUCCUGGUCAAGCUGCGAUUCACGGCAUGAUGGGCGGCGCUCCCGGUCCUAUGAUUCCGUGGAACGGACGUUUCCACGACCACCGCCGCGUGCCCACGGGUCCGGGUGGAGUCAUGCCUCCCGUCGGUGGGUAUGCCAUGGGCAUGGGCGGAGGUCCCAUGGACCCGCACUAUGCGCGCAAUGGAGCCUUUUACGGCAGUGCUCCCUUCCAGCACCCAGCAGGCGGCAGCGGAAACGGCGGUGGUUCAGCUGGCAACGGAGGCACACCCCACCAUGCGCGCAGCCCGCUGCUCGAAGAGUUCCGCAGUCGCCAUGCCAAGAACCGCAAAUUUGAGCUCGCCGACAUCUACGGCAGCGUGGUCGAGUUCAGCAGCGACCAGCACGGCAGCCGCUUUAUCCAGGAGAAGCUCGAUACCGCCUCGGAUGAGGAGAAGAAGACGCUCUUUGAUGAAGUGCUGCCUCACGCUCGACAGCUCAUGACCGACGUGUUUGGCAACUAUGUCAUCCAGAAGAUGCUCGAGCACGGGGAUGACGAGCAGCGCGAUAUUUUGGCACGCGAGAUGGAGGGCCACGUGCUGUCGCUCUCGCUGGGCACGUAUGGGUGUCGUGUGGUGCAAAAGGCAUUUGACCACAUUUCGGCGGUGCAGCGGGAGAAACUGGCCAAGGAGCUGGAUGGACAUAUCAUGCAGUGUGUGCGCGACCAGAACGCGAACCAUGUGGUGCAGAAGGUGAUCGAGCGCGUGGAUGCGGGCAAGAUCGACUUUAUCCCGCAGGCGUUUGUGGGACAUGUGCCGGCGUUGGCGUCGCACUGCUACUCGUGCCGCGUGCUGCAGCGCACGUUUGAGCACUGUACCGAGGCGCAGUCGCGGCCGUUACUGGACGAGCUGCAUGCGGAGGCGGUCAGUCUAAUGCAGCACCAGUAUGGGAACUACGUGAUUCAGUGGGUGUUGCAGCGUGGUCAGCCGAGGGAUCGCCAGGCGGUGAUAGGCAAGAUCAAAGGGUCGGUGUUGGUGUUGUCACGGCACAAGUUUGCGUCGAACGUGAUUGAAGAGGUGGUGAGGACGUCGAGUAUGCAGGAUCGGGACGAGUUGUUGGCCGAGAUUCUUACGCCCAAGCCUGUUCCUUCUCCCGCUUCUACCACCACCACCACUGCCGGCGCUGCGUCGUUGGCAACCGCUGCUGCCGACUCUACCUCGUCCGCAACGGACGCCACUUCAACGAGCGCACCCGCACCAGCAUCUCCGACCAAGAUCGCCCCGGCCGUGCUCAUGAUGAAGGACCAGUUCGCAAACUACGUCCUGCAGCGCUUCCUGGAAAAAGCCGACGCGCAGCAGCGCGCCAAGCUGAUCGAGCUCGUCACACCCAGCCUGGUGAGUGCGCGCAAGGCUGCGGUUGCAGGUGCAGGCGCAGCAGGUGGACAGCAGCAUACCACGAAGCACUUGAUCGCGAUCGAGCGGUUGAUUGAUAGUCUUCAGGAUGGAGCGUCGCCGACGGGGACGGCGGGGCCGGCGGUGAGCGGGAGAGAGUAG